CAGAAGGUUUGCAUUUUAAUGUGGUUUUUAUUACACCUAGAGGCUUACUCUGUAAAAUAAUUGUUACCCAUGGAAUAAUUCUUUAUUUUUUAACCCCUUGGCGUUCCUAGCAGAGCACGGGAAGGACCAAAGGGCCUUUGCUCGGACAGCUUCAUCUUACUCAAGUCUCCUUUUUUGGCACUUUUGAAUCACUCCUCUUCCCCCAGCUGCCGCUGCCGCCGCACGAUCAGCUCUGCUCUCAGCCAGGCGUGGCGGCAGCACGUUCCCGACUAGCCUUUUGCUAUCCACACCGAGCCCUUUCCAUUUUCACGCCGUGCUCAUCCAGCAUCAACACUUCAGACAGCCCGCUGACGGCUGCCACUCAUCUCACCGUGCCAUCUGCUCCGACAUUUCGUAACGGCAUGGUUAAAACUCGCGUUUUUCCAACCUGUUUUCAUGGAGUACGGAUAUCCCAAACCCAUGGCACGAGUGGAAACCGCCUCUGGAUCCCUUUUCACCGCAGAUCUUGAGGUUUACUACAACCAGACUCAAACAGCCUUUGGGCUGUGGUCGCCAACAUCUAAACAAACAGCUGGACACACCGCCCUGAGCCUUCUCCUCCUCUGUAGAAAAUCCACCCAGUGUGGCAGAAAUCAUGGAGGAGGUGAUGGGGCCGGAGAGGUUUGGAUGGGCCUCUCCAGAGGAUGAGGAGCAGCUGGUGGCCGCACUGGCCCUUAGCCGGCUGUACGCCCAGAAGCCGGCCUGUCCCCGCGAUGAUCCCUACGCCGAGGCCUCCCAUGUUUUGGGGGUGCAGCCAGCCCUUCCUGUGCUCUCCGACAAUCAGAGGGGACCCAGGAGGCUGGUCAUGAAAAGGAAGGUGCUGAGACGCAGACCUGAUGGAGGAGUGGAGGUCUCUGACGAGUCGGUGAGCAGCGAGCCAGAGAGCGAUGCCGACGUUUGCAGCCUGAGGCGGAAAAUGUUUCCGCUCCAGACCAGUCUAGAAGACAGCAUCUCCGAGGGGGAAAUCGAGACGAGCAGCAGCUCCCUCGAUGAAUCCCCUCACCACUGGCCCUGUGGGGGCAGUCCCCCCUUUCUCCUCAGGGAUUUCAGGAGCCGGAGCUCUUCCGCUUCUCACUACGUCGCCACGGCGGGACAACCCAAGUCCUUCAUUCCUCCACGUUUUGAGCCGCUGGGUCAUAACCAGAGAAAAACCGACCGAGUGGCCAAAUAUUUUGAAUAUAAACGAGAAUGGGAGAAAUUCCGAAUCCCAGGGGAGGAUCAACGGCAAGAACUGCGCUGGGGCAUCCGGGAACAGAUGCUCUGCAAGCCCGAGCUGCCCAGCAAGCCACAACACCUCCACGUCCCCAACACUUACACCGUGCCGACCGAAAAAAAGAGAGCUGCCCUGCGCUGGGAGGUGCGCUGGGACCUGGCCAACGGCUUCCCCCCUCGAAAAAACACCUCCUCCUAGUUCCUGAAGGAAAACAAAUGUUUUAACCACACAUGUGCGUGCUUUCCUUCCUCUAAUUUGGAAAAAUCCCCUUUUUGCAUGUCAAGUGGGUUAAAUUCUCAUAUUAAAAAUUGACCCCAGCACCUCGGAUUGUUAAAGGAAACAUCCCCACUUGCCUCCCGCGUCAUGUGGAGCUGCUCUCAGGGUUAAAACCAGGAGUGAGGGGAGCAGGCACCCAAAAACCACCCAGGCUGUGAGACUUUUCAAACAACAGGAGAAAUAAGAAUGUAAUGAGCCUUGUGAUUUUUUUUUAUUUUUUUUUUUUUGGCCAUGUAAUUACCCCCGGAUUGUUGUGUGAGCUUUUAACACUUUUUUAUUUCUGGCAUCUCGACAAUAUUUCUUUAAUAAAGCGUGUGGGAAGGUUUGUUAUAGCUCUGCGUGUUAAUUAGAAACGUUGUCUCACUCCCUCUGUCAAGGCCUGUUGUUCCAAACCUAUCCAAACUCUCAGCUCCCCUUAUUUCACUUCAUUUUUAAAAUAAAUGACCUUUAGGAUGAAGUGAAGAUAAUAUUAUUGUUAUUUUUUUCCCAGGUAUGGGGAUGGAGUGAGGGGAUUUGGCAGUUCUUAUGCAUGGAAAGGCCUCCAAGCCACAGUGAGAGGUUGGGGGGCUCUGGCCCCUCAGCCCUGUGGACAGGGUCCCCAAAACCUGAUUGGGGUGGAUGGGAAAGGGGCAGGAGGACAAGUGGGUGAACCCUGAGUCAGGCUCCCCCCAAACCCGCUCUGGAGGGGAGUGCAGGGGUGACAAUGUGAGGGAAAAUGGGGGCUGGGACACACACAGAGGCUUCCCGCCAGCUUGGGGACCCUACUGGCACCCCACCCUGGGGGGUUCUGGCACACCUUGCGGGGUGUGGGGGGAUCCCAGGCUCUCCAGCACCCUGUGGACCCCCCAUCCACCUAUAAGGGGAGGUCUGUCCCCUGGGGACCCCCCGAAACCUACAGGGUGCAGCCAGCGCCACCUCCCUACGGGCUCCUCCAGCUCCCCACAGACAUCCUCCCCAAAAAAAUCCCUACGGGGACCAGUGCUGGCACCCUACAGGGUCCCCGUUC